AUUACUGUAAAACUUUUUAGUACAGUAGCUUUUUUGGUUCCACAACUAUCUUUCGUUGAAAAAAGCUAAAACCCCAAAACUAAAACCUUAAAAAAGCUUAAAUAGCGGUGGUCGGGAAAACGGAAUGGUGGUCGCCUCCGGUACCAAUCCCUUCGCCAAGGAGAUGGCCAUUCGCAAGCGGAUCGCUACCAUGUUUAAUAAAAGAGUGGAGGAUUUCCCAUCUUUGAGAGAAUACAAUGAUUACUUGGAAGAGGUGGAGGACAUGACAGUAAACUUGGUUGAAGGAAUAGAUGUUCCUAUUAUUGAAGCAUACAUUGCACGGUACCAGAAAGAAAAUGCUGAGCAAAUUAUGAAUGCUCAAGCUCGUAAGGCUGAAGAAUAUGCAGCAGCGUUGGCUGCAAGUAAGGGACAGCCAGAUAUUGACGCGAGCUCUCAAGAAGGGUUUGGUACUGGCACACAGGGGUAUUAUGCACCUUCAAUUCCUGGGGUUGCAAUUGCAAUUGCUCAGCCGAAGCCAACAGGCACGGCUCCACAGCCCUUUCCAAGUGGAUCGGAUCCUUACAUGCAAUUGUACGGCGUUGACGAUGAAGAAAUGAUGAAACUUAAAGCAGAAAGAGGGGGAAGGGCAGGAGGUUGGAGUGUAGAAUUGAGCAAGAAACGUGCGCUUGAAGAAGCCUUCAGUGGCAUUUGGAUUUGAGUAGACAUGGUCUUUGUCAGGUAUGUGACUUGGUUUUCCACUGGAGGAAGGUGAUACAGUUUUCUGUUUGAUUCUAACACGUGAGAACGGUUAUCUAUGACAAUCGAAAUUUAUGUUAGGAAAAGCUGUGUUAUUAGAUUCUGUGUUAUUUUUCCAAUCAGUUUGUAAGAUAAAGAGUUUGAUACCCCUUGUUCUGUGUUUCUCAGUAUGAAAAAGAAGCAAGUAGGAAAAAACUGAAAAGGUGGUCCUGUUUGAACCCUAAUGAUGACGAAAUCCCAUUCUCUCC